AUGAACUACCUGCUGUCCGGCAGCCGCGGCCUCGGCGGCUCCAGCUCCCCGCACCAGCAGCGGCAGCCGCCGCAGCCGGCGCUGCAGAGCCCCGGCACACCCUGGAAGACGAGGAAAUACAGCGCGGGCGUGCAGGGACUACAUGAAGAAAUAAUUGACUUCUAUGACUUCAUGUCCCCUCGUCCUGAAGAAGCAGCUAUGAGGAGGGAAGUGGUGAAAAGAAUAGAAUUGGUCAUCAAGGAUCUCUGGCCUACAGCUGAUGUCCAGAUAUUUGGCAGCUUUAGUACAGGACUUUAUCUCCCAACUAGUGAUAUAGAUUUAGUUGUUUUUGGGAAAUGGGAGCGCCCCCCUUUACAACUACUGGAGCAAGCACUAAGAAAACACAGCGUGGCUGAGCCCUAUUCCAUUAAAGUACUUGAUAAAGCUACGGUACCAAUAAUAAAACUUACUGACCAAGAAACAGAAGUAAAAGUUGACAUCAGUUUUAAUGUGGAAACUGGUGUGAAGGCAGCUCGCUUUAUCAAGGAAUACAUGAAGAAAUACUCUUUGCUGCCAUAUUUGAUUUUAGUACUAAAACAGUUCCUCCUUCAGAGGGACUUGAAUGAAGUUUUUACCGGUGGAAUUAGCUCUUACAGCCUAAUUUUAAUGGCCAUUAGUUUCCUACAGCUGCAUCCAAGAAUUGAUGCCAGAAGAGCUGAUGAAAACCUUGGAAUGCUUCUCAUAGAAUUUUUUGAACUCUAUGGAAGGAAUUUUAAUUACUUGAAAACUGGUAUUAGAAUAAAAAAUGGAGGUGCCUAUAUUGCCAAAGAAGAAAUCAUGAAAGUCAUGACGAAUGGGUACAGACCAUCCAUGUUAUGUAUUGAAGAUCCUCUCCUGCCUGGAAACGACGUUGGCAGAAGUUCUUACGGUGCCAUGCAAGUGAAACAAGUUUUUGAUUAUGCCUACAUUGUUCUUAGCCAUGCAGUAUCACCACUUGCAAGAUCAUAUCCAAAUAGAGAUUCUGAGAGCACAUUAGGUAGAAUCAUCAAAGUAACCCAAGAGGUGAUUGACUACAGAGCCUGGAUUAAAAAGAAGUGGGGGAACAAAAUCAGUUUAUCACCUGAACUUGAUAACAGGUUGAAAAUAAGAGACCAGAUUGCAGCGUGCAAUGGAGAGCAGCAACAGAGCAGAGACGUGGACCCCGCUUACACCCAGCGCUUGGCCUUGUCCUUGGCCAGCACGCAGCAGUUGUCCUCUGGGUCGUCUGCCUCUUCUGUGUCGUCGCUUUCCGGCAGUGACAUCGAUUCUGAUACAGCACCUUGCACAACUUCUAAUGUUUACCAGUUCAGUCUGCAAGCACCGACUCAGCUUAUGGCCAGUUUACCCCCCGCAUUGCCUAUGCCAAGUGGUAAACCCCAAUCUGCGCCUACGAGAGCCUUGAUAAUGGCCGCCAGUAAUCAGCACAAUGGAAUGAAGUUUUCCAUGAAGGGCGCCCACAACCAUAACCAAGGCAACGGCUACAGUCCUGUCAGCAGCGGAGGCAUGAGGCAACCCGUGGGUAACCGAGGACACCACCAGUACAAUCGUAAUAUAUGGAGGAGAAAAAAACACAGAGACAGUUUGCCUAUUAGUCUCAGCAGAUAAUGGCAGAUGCCAGGCCGACCUUCCCCACUUUGGACUGAAAAGGAGCGAGUGCCACUCGACUUGGGGCAUGGAGACCAGCGUCCAGCACACUCUUUUCUUGGUGUUGCCAAAUAUCUGCAGCUGCUGACUUCUUUGCAUGUUUCGUUGUGUGGUGGUUCAGUCCAUCUUCAAGAAGUAGUUGUGCUUAUCUGUGAAGCCUUAUUAAAUGUUUGUUUUUCUGCCUUCCCACAACGGUUCAUCCAGUGCCGAAGCAGCUCUGACAGGAGAACUGCAAGGACAUCUACAAAUGCUGUGGCUUUUUCUGCUGUGGCUACAUCUGGUCCUUUGUGGGUUUUUUAUUU